AUGUCAGGCAAGAAGCCCCAAGCACUGGAGUUGUCCCCAACCAGCGCCGGUUUCGUCAAGCCCAAGCCCAAGUCUCCUACGCGUCCAAUCAAGCUUCCUCCUAGUCUCACCACGCAUACGGCUGCCUCAGCUCACAAGACGGGUGCCGUCAACCCUCCUCCCCGACAAACUCUCUCGCGUGCCUCGGGCAACGUGGCUGCCAGACCCGCCAGCCGAGUCAGCGUCGCAGCUACGAACACCGCUAAGGGCCUGAAGCGCCAGAACUCCACCAUCAAUCGCCCUCGCCCCAGCUUUGGACCGCCGCCGAAACCCACAGCUAGAGACCAUCCAGUGGUGAAGAAGGAGCCACAUGUUGACGAGAGUUUUCUCGCCCGCAUGAUGCGUCCUACGCAGGCCAGUUCUAGCAAGACGGCUGACAAGGCUCCCAUUACGCCCCCGAGAAAGGGUAGC